AUGUUACAAGAUAUCUCUUUGUCUGAUUUUAUUAGGACAUGCGAGAUGUAUGCCAUUGUUGAAGAUAGAGAAAAUAAUAAUUUUAUCACAUCCAACUAUAUCCUUGAACCAAUAAUUAAAUGCUUUCUAAAUAAAUUAAAUGAUAAUGAUAAAUAAUUGGCUAUAAAGUAUUUAAUGCAGUACUUUCCCACAAACUCAACUCUUAUUCAAAUGAAAAAAGAAUUAGAUGGGUCAAAAAGUUUAAUAAAUAAGAUUAAUUAUUUUAAUGAUUAUGGACUAAAAAAGAACCAGAAAAUCUACGAAUUAAAUGUGAAAUUAAACAUUAUUCGAUUGGAUGAAGAUUUUCAUAAAUUAAUGGAGCUAUGUGAGAAAAAAGAAUUUUUAGAAUACUAAUAGAUUCCUAGUUUAUUUCAUUAAAAGCAACAUAUCUUUUUAAAACUCAGAAAUCAUAGUUUCAAAAUUAUUGAUUUGAUAGAAUAAUGUUAAAAUUCCUCAUUUCAGUUAAAUUCAACAAUUUUAAGCCAUUUAAUUUUCUUUUUCUAUACUCCUGAAAAAUUAUAAAUUACAACUAGAGAAAAGCAUGAAUUAUUUUAAUUAUUAGGAUAAAUCACCUGCUAAUGCUGGAUGUAAUUUGAAUAUCAUAUUUAACAAUUAUAAUUCAAUGAAAAGAACUUAAAUAAAUUAAAAAUCCUUUCAGAAAUUCCAUACAUAUUAUUCCAAAAUGAUUUUUAGAUGUUAACAAAGUAAAUUUAAUAAGUAUUAGAAGGAUUACUAGAUAAAAACGACUAAAUUAUUAAGUUUGAAAUAAUUGAUAAUCUAAUUCAAUAAAGAUUACCAAUCAUUUUUGAACUUUAAGUUAUUUUUUAUCAGAUAUGCUUUUAUUGUAUGGCAAAUUUCAAUUAAUAUUAUGAAAAAUAUAUGAUUGGCAAAAAUAAGGAUGAGAGGUAUAAAGAUCUAAAUAUAUAUAUCUAAUAAAAAAAGUAAAAUAGUUUGCAACAACUUAAUUAAAUUCAAAUUAAAAGUUUUUAAUAAUAUUAGGAUUAAUAAAUGGAAAUAAAAAAUGAACUGAAAAUAUUGGAUGGCCAAUCAAUUGAUAAGGUGUUGUCAUUAAUGAUUGAAGAUGAUUUUCAUUAUCUUAAUAAAAGAUAGCAUAUUAUAAAUUUGAGAGAAUAAAAUGAUUAAAAUGCAAAAAUAUUCAAUUUGCUUACAGAAAUACCUGUAGAGGAUAAACGAAAAGUAGCUAAUUUUUUAAGGAUAGUACAACAUAAAAAUUUAAUCGAUGUUACAUUAGAAUUGUAAUCAGAAAGUAAAACAUAUCCAAAUUAAGAAAUAGAAUUUAUUUUCAGAAUAGUAGUAGAAAUUAAAAAUCAAGACUUUACGUAAUUUUUAAUUCUUAAGUAAGCUUUAAAGGGGAAUAAUAUUAAAGCAUCAGAAAUAGAAAACUAUUUAAAAAUAUCAUAGUAUAAUGAAAAUAUGGAAUUGGAUAAAUAAAUUUAAUUACUAAAAGAUUUUUCAGAUGUUCAUUGGCAUUUAGUAAAAUAAAAUUAAAUUUAAUACAUCAUUUGUAAUUUUUUAAUUAAACAAUAUUUCUAAUCUCACUUGUAGAACUUAUCAUUAUAAAUCCUUGAAUUUUUGAGAAAACUUCUUGAUAAAAAUGAAGCAAUUCAAUAGUAGAAUGAGUUGACUCAAUUUUUUUCUUUGAUGUUUUCUUGUUUAGAAGAUAAGCAAAUUAAUCAAUUUAUUGGUAUCAAUAGAUCUAAUUUGAUUUUAUAUGAUGAUUAUAUGAAUUCUGUCGAAACAUUAUUUUAUGUAAUCAACGAAAUAAAGGAUGAAGAGAAAUAAUAAUUUAUGUCUAAUCUAGAAAAAGUAUUCGAAUUUCAUUAAAUAUACACUUUGGAUUUGUUUUUUGAAUUAUAAAAAGAUAAAGUUGGUUUGGAAUACAUAAAGAAGGUUUAUAAAUUGAUUUAUUGUUGGUAAUUACACGAAUUAUAAGAACUGAAAAAGAAUGCUGAAAAGUUUUAUAGGCUAGAUGCAAAUUAAUAUAAACAAGUAUUCUAAAGAAUAAAUUACUUUAACAACGAAUAGUUGAAUCCUGAAAAAUUAGAGUUGUUAGUAAAAAGUGACAUUUAUCCAAGAAAUCUAAAUGUUUCAUUAGAAGAAUUUAAUAUUUCUUUAACUCUAUUAAGUAAAGCAGAACAAUAAGAUUUAGUAAAGAAUUGGAUUAAUGAUGUGAAGGAUUCUAGUAAUUUUAAAAAAUUAAUACCAUUCUUUUUUAACAUUAUAAAAAGAGGAGAAUCAUCUAAAACAUUCUUAUCAAUUAUUAAUUAGCAAAUAAAAAGUAAAAAAGAGCUGUAAGAAAAAUAUAGUUAUUUUAAUUAAAAGUCUAUGUUUUAAAUCUUCUAUACUAAUGCAAAUGAUGAAUUAAAAGUUAUGCUUCUAAAACUUAUGAGCAAAUAACAUCCAAUUCCAUUAUUAUACAGAACUCCAUAUAAUGCUGAGACUGGAGUUUUAGAGAAAUUGACAUUUAAUAUAAACAUAUUUUAUGUUUUCUAAGAAAACUUUCCAAUAAUCAAUUUAAGUUUAGAUCAAAGACAAUAAAGAAUAGGGAAAACAGAAUUAAUUAAUAAAAUAUUUUUUUAAUAAGAUAAAUUUGAAAUUUAAGACAGCAAUUAAUUGAAUAAUUAAACAAUUGAUAUUAUGUAUGAUUUUGAAUUUAGUGGGUCCAGAAACUUGUCAGUAGCUGAUGCUCAUAAUUUUAUUCCUUUUGAAACUUUAGAUGAUAUAUUACCAAUGUUUAAAUUAUGGAUUAUUUAAUUAAAUACUGAAAAAGAAAUUGAAAUGACCAUAUAAAAUUUAUUAAAAUUAUAAUCUUUUUAAAUUAAAGAAAAAAUAGUUUGCUUUUUGAUUAGAAAUUCAUGUCAAGGUUUGGAUGAAAACUAGAUUAAAUUAUUAUAGGCAUAAAAUAUAGAAUUUAAGUAAAUAAUAGAUUUGUCAAACAAAGAUUUAAAUAAAUAAAUGAAAGAUGAUGAAAUUGAGUAAGUAUCUAAGUUUUUGUAUGAUAUAAUUAAUCAAAAUAGAUAAAACCUCACUUUAAGUUAAGAUCAAUAUUUUAAUCUUAUUUGUUAAAUGAAGUAACAAGAUCUGGAAUAAACUAAGGAAAUGAGGUUGGCAUAGAAAUUGUUUUCAGAUUUUGAAACAGAAUUAGAAGAUUAAAUGACACAUAAAUGGGGUUUCUACAAUAAAAACGCUUUUCCUUUAAGAAGUAUUGAAUGGUAAAUUAAAUAGCAAAAAGAUGAAUAUGUUAGAAUUGAUUAGAAUAAGGAAGAUCCAAAAAGACAAGAAAAUUUACAAAUAAUUAGUCAAAAUAUCAAUCAAUUAUAAUCUUAGAUAAAAUUAUAAUAGCAAACAAAAAUAAUCUCCAAAUUUUGCAAAUUAUUAAAAUCGCCUAACUAUUACAUAUUGUAUCUUCAUUUUGUGGAUAAAAUUAGAAAAUUUAAUGAAAAAAAUACGUUUGAAUUAUAGGCUAAAAAUUAAAAUUUAAAUGAGGAGAUUCAACAAUUAAAAAAGGAUAGAGAUUCUCUUAAAUAAAAAGGAGCGACAACUGAAUAAAUAGAGUAAAGAGAAAAAAAAUAAAAAUAAAUUAAUGAAAAUGUUCUUAAAUUAAAAUAAAAUUCUGAAAUAAUAUCUAAGAGAAAUAUUGGAAUUGAAUUAUUUUGGAGAGAAAUCAUAGCAUAACUAGAAUAAUGUCCUGAUUCAUCCAUCGAUAUUGAUCCUGCAAAAAUUAUUAAGGAAAUGAUUUCAAAAGGAGAACCAUAUGAAUUUUUAGAUGGGGAUUAAUUAAGAAUUGAUUAAUCCUUUUUAAUGAAACUUAUUUCUAAUUUUAAAGAAUAAGGAUAAGAAAAGAUUUUAGUCAUAAGUGUUUUAGGACCAUAAAGUUCUGGUAAAUCAACAAUUUUAAAUAAAAUAUUUGGAUGCCAUUUUUGGACUAGCGUUGGAAGAUGUACAAAAGGAAUAUAUUUAUAAUUGUUAAAAAUACAUAAUAAAGCAUUGUUUAAUAAUUAAUUUGAUUACAUUAUUAUACUAGAUACUGAAGGACUUUAGAGUCCAAAUCAAGAGGAUUUAGAAUUUGAUAAAAAAAUAGCACUUUUUGUUUUGUCGAUAAGUGAUAUUAUUCUAGUGAAUGUUAAAGGUGAUAUAACCAGAGAGUUUAGAUCAUUGGUUGAAAUGUGUAUAUUUACUUUAGGAUGAAUGAAAAGCUUUACAAGUUCAAAAUAAAUUACUUGGUGUUUUAAUUAAAAUAAUGAUGUCAAUAAUUACGCGCCCUUUUUAGCCUAAUUAUAAUCUAUUGCCACAAGUUUGAAUUUGGAAUUUGGCAAUUAAAAAGAUGAAGAAGAACCUAUUGAUUAUAAUGAAAUUCUUGGUAUUACUUAAGGUAAUAUAAAAAUUUUGGGAUUUGCAUCUACUGAAAAAUUAUGGAAAAAGAAUGAAAGUGAUGGAAUUUAUGCAAAUUGGCGAUAAUUAAUUCUUAAUGGAACGUUCUCAGAAGAGGCAUAUGAAUAUGGAAUUAAUUAAAUAAGAGCAUAUGUUGAUAAAUUUGGAAAAGGAGAUGAUAAAGGGAAAGAAAUGGAAAAUUUAAAAUAUUUUAUCCAAAAGAUAGAAACAACCUGGAAAAGUAUAGACAGUUUACCUGAUUUGUUAGAAUUUUCUGAAUUGAUACAACAUUAAUAAAAUCAAUUUAUGAGGCAACAGUUUACUGACAUUAUGGGUCAAUAAUGGUUUCCUCAUCAAAAGGAUUUUAUCAAAAAAAUAUAAGAGAGUAUUUAAGACAAUAAUUAAAAAUUAUCACUUGAAAUAUUAACUACUAUUGAGAGAUAAUAAAUAACAAGGAUGAGAGGAGAAUUUGAUUAAAUAAGGAUUGAAGUUAUUGAAAGAUUAACAUCUAUCAAAAAUGAAAAAAAAAUUUCCAAAAGGGUUUUUACCAAAUAUGUUAAUAUGAUCAAAGAUAGAAUUAAUAGUGAAAUAUUAGCGUGUAGUUUGAUAAUAUAUUCAGAAAUUAAAGCUUAAGAAACUCAUUUAUAAAAGUUAAAGGGAUUUAUUUAAAUUGAUUAUUUCAUUUAAGGUUUACUCUAAAAGGAAGAAGAAUUAUAAGAAUAUAAGAAAGAUGAAAAUAAAAUAUAAAAUAAGUUUAAUGAAAUCUGGGGUUAAAUCUUAAAUCACCAUACCCAAUAAUAAGAAUAAAUGUUUAAAAAUUAUUGUGAUUAACUUUUUCAAACAAUACAAUCAGAAUUCUCAAAAUAUUAAUUAAAAACAACUAAUGAACCUAAAUAUAAAGACGAGUAUCAUAAACAAUUAAUAAAAAAUCCGCCAUUAGUUGAAAACUUUUUAACAGCAAUACAAAUUUUAAAUCCAGAAUUACAAUCCCAACAAUUUAUGGUGGUUGAAAAAUCUAAUAAAAACUAUCAAUUUUAUGAAAAAUUUCUUUAGAGUGUUCCUAAUAAAGUUUAAAAAGUUAAUUCUUAAUACAUUCUAUAAAUAAAUAAAUAUUACUCUUAAAAAAUUGAAAUAUAAUGGAUAAAAAAGAAUGAUUUUGAGAAUUAUAUGAAAACAGAAAUGAAUGAUGAUCUUAAAUAAUAUUAUCAUUAUAAUAAAAAAGAUGAAAAGUAUGCUAUUAAAAACUUUUUAUCUUAAUUCACUAUUUUUGGUUAUGAAAUAGAUGAUGAAUAGGUCGAUGAAAUUUAUAAAAUUUCAACCUCGUGGUUUAAGUCUGAUAUAUCAAAGUCUCUUAUUUAAUGCUUUAAGCACCAUCAGAGAGAGUAUUAUAACGACACUUAAUAUUAGAUUUCAAUUACUUCCAUAAAAAAAAAUUGUAGAGGAUUUGCAAAACAUCUGACUAAAAAGGAAUGGAUAACCUCCUUAUCUGACAAUUUAGAAAAUUUAAUUCAAUCUUAAGAUCAAGGUGAUAAUUUUUUAGUUUAAAUUUAAGAAUAACUGAUAGUAGGGGGAGAUGUUGAAAAUUUUGAUAUUGAACUUAACUCUGUCCCAUUAAAUGCAUCAAAAACCUACUCAUAAAUACCAACAACUUAUCUUGGUGUAAGCUCCCUUUAAACCACUAAUUUAUUGACUUCUACAAAAUCAUAAAUCAGCACAUAAGGCAGUUAUUACUAAAAAUAAGAAAUCAUAAAAGAUAUUUUUCAGUAUAUUUUAAAUCCAUAAUAGUAAAAUUUUAAAUAAAGUCAAUUUAAGAAUAAUGUUGUAAAAGUUGUUUAAUAGUUAAUGAAUUAAAAAAAUAAUGAAGGCUGGAAUAAAAUGUAUGGAGAGAUACAUUAGAUGAUACUUGAUGAAAUUAUAGAAAAAAAGAAUAAUGUUUAAAAAUAUGAGAACAUCAAAGUUAAUUAAUACAGUUACUGUUUAAUUAAAAGAAUAAUGUAAAAAAUUGAAGCUUAAAUUAAAGAAUUUAAUUUGUAAUUUUCUGAUUUUGGAGUUAUUUUAAAUGAGAUAGGAGAGAGGUGUCUAUAUUAUUUUGCUAUUUUCACAAUCUGGAGGAUAUUAUGUUUUGGAUAAUAUCAAGCAACAGAAAGUAAUAUCAAAGAAUUAAAAGAUUAGACUGAAGAAUAAUAUAUUAAAUUUAAGGUUGAUAUUUAAUAAAAUAAGAAAGAAUAAAGUAAAAUUCGAGGGUAAACCUAAGCUUAAGAAAUAAUCAAUUAAGUAAUUUAAUGGCUUUAUAAAUAAUACUGUGAUGAAGCUUCAGAAAUGAUAUCCAAUUAUAGUAAAGAAUCAAGUUUUGAUUUAAUGAAAAAACUUGACAAAGAUAUUCUAGAAAGAUCAGAUAAAAGCAUUACAGAUGUUUAAAUUAUUGAAUAUAUCAGAAAUCAAUCUAAAUAUAUUGAAAAAUAUGUUAAGGACAAAAUUUCUAACAUUAAAAUAGAAAUCUCAACUAAGUUAACAGAUCGAUUAAAACAGGAUUUAAAGGCCCACCUAUAAAAAGUGAAUGCUAAUACAAAAAAUUUACUUAAUUUUGUUUUCGAUGAUUCAAAGGCUUAAGACUAUUUUAAAACAUUGGCCAAUCCUAAUGAAGCACCAGAAUUAUUAUAUAAAAUUGUUUUAAGCUGCCUUUAAGGAUAGGUUUAAUAGAACUUACUAGAAUCUAUCAAAGAAGAUAAAAGAGAUGCAUUCUAAACUUAAGAUUUUCAUAUCUUCGAUUAUCCAUUAUGUGUGGCAAUUUAAAAAUCAGAUUAGGAAAUAUAAAUACUAAAAGAUUUUUUAUUAGCUUUUGAAAAAAGAAUUAAAGUUGGAAUUUAAAGUAUAGACACGUUACAGAUUGAAUUUGAAAAGCUAAAGGUUUAAGCUGAUUUAGAUGGAUUAUAACUUAAAUAAAUAGGAUGUUUAGAAUUCUGUCCUAUUUGUAAAAGGAAAUGUGAUGAAGAAAUUGAUGAUAGCAAUCAUAAGCAUUAAUGUAAAAAUGGUCAUUAUUUAAGAGGUAUUUAUAAAUUAUUAAUACCAUAGGUAUGAGUGGAGUUGUAAUUGGUUGUCAUCCUUCGCUAUAUACUUGUGAGGAAAUACAAGAUGAUUUUUAAAUUAAAGAAUUGGAGACAUAGAACAUAAAGUUAUGGAAAGAAAUUAAAUAGAUUUAUAAUACUUGGUUAUUUUCUUGUCUGACUAAGGAUGAGUUAAAGUAAUUGAAAGAGAAGUUUAUGAAGAUUUGGAAUCAAAAUAUUGGACAAAUGAUUUGUAAAAGAUUAACAGAAGAAUUAAACAAAGAUAUAUUUUAUAUACCAAAGUAAGAAGUUGAGUUAGGAGCAAAUUCAGGAAUUCAAAAGACAAGUCAUUUCAUACUAAUGUUGGAUGACUCUUCUUCUAUGGAAGGAAGACCUUUUGAAUCUGCGAAAUAAGGCUUGGUGUCAUUUCUUUAUGAGAUUUAAAAGAAUCCUAAUUCAAGAGUUACUAUUAUUAUUUUCAAUAAAUCGGCUAGAUGUAUAGUUGAUUACUAAGCGCCUAAACCCUAAACUUUACAAUCUUUAAUAAUAUUUUAAGGUGGAGGGACAGACUUUGAUUAAGCGUUUUUGCUUGCUUAUGAGAAAAUUUCUCUAAGAACAGAUUUUCAUAAUUUCGAAUCGUAAAUUUAUUAAUUUAUGUUAGCCAUUCAAUAUUUUUUUACACUGAUGGAGGUGCUCAUUAUCCUAAUUAAGCGAUGGGCAAAUUUAGUUAACUUCCAAUUGAUAAACGAUAAAAAAUAGAGUUAAUUGCUUGUUCUGAAGAGUCAUCUCCUAGCACAUUACUCAAGGUUGUAGAUUUUUUUUAAUAACACUUUGGGUCUGCAAAAUUAAGAGCUUCUAUGUAACCUGAAAAAAUUGCUUAAGUUUGGAUUGAAGAAGUUAACAAGUUAAUCAAAUGUGAGAAAGAUUGUUGA